AUGUCAGCAACUACUCAGUUUUUUUGUAUGUUUUUCUUUUUAAUUUGCCUUUGAAAUAUACAUUAUAUGUGGAAGUCCAUUUCUUCACCAUGGAACUUGCUUUCGAAAACUUGGCACAUUCAUAUUAAGAUCUUAUUACUUUGUCUGCUCGAACGCAUUUACUAACCAUAACCAGGUCGUCAACCUAAAUCUAUUGAUUUAAUACAGGAUUACGAAGAAAUCACAACAUUUCCUAAACCGACUGCUGAAUGCCGUUCUGCGUUAUAUUCAAGCAAUGGAGAAUAUUUUGCUUAUACUCAACCUAAUGAAGUGGUAGUGGUUAAGACCACCAAAGAGGCACCAUUACAAGCUAAAAUCGAUUUGCCAGAAGUCUUCGAUAUAUAUUUUUCACCAAAUGGUACUUACUUGUGCUUGUGGUGUAAACCGAUUUUACAGGAUAAGGAAAGUGGAGUAUGGAAUAAAAAUGUGAAAAUUUUCAAUAUUAAUUCUAAUAGCAUUAUUAGUGAAUGGUCGAAUAAGCAUCAAGCUGGAUGGAAGCCACAAUUCACACAAGACGAAAAGCUCUUUGCUAAAAAUGUCAAUAACAAAGAACUCCAUUUUUUUGAUGUCACGAAUUCUAGUAAUGAAGAUAUUAAUAUUAAUCAGCCUACCUAUAAGUAUAAGCUUAGUGAUCCUAAGGCUACUUUCCAAAGCUUUCAAAUGAGUCCGGGUUUAAAUCCAUCCAUUGCAAUUUUUAUCCCAGAAAAGAAUGGUAAACCAGCAAGUGUCGUGAUUUACAAUGUACCAAAUUUCAAUCAGCCAAUUUGCCUGAAGAAUUUCUUUAAAGCUGAAAGAUGUCAAUUAAAGUGGAAUUCGAUUGGUACUGCAUUAUUAGCAUUAGCAUCUACAGAUCACGAUACCACCAACAAAUCUUACUAUGGGGAAACCAACCUUUAUUUAUUAGGAAUUGCAGGAUCAUAUGACUCAAGAAUUGACUUGA